UAUAAAACAUGACUAAAAAGUACGAGUUCGAUUGGAUAAUUCCGGUACCACCGGAAUUAACAACUGGCUGUGUCUUCGAUCGUUGGUUCGAAAAUGAAAAGGAAACCAAAGAUAAUGACUUUGAAAAGGAUGCCUUAUUUAAAGUGGACGAAUAUGGUUUCUUUUUAUAUUGGAAAAGUGAUGGAAGGGAAGGAGAUGUCAUCGAAUUAUGUCAAGUCAGUGAUAUAAGAGCUGGUGGUGUACCUAAGGAUCCGAAAAUUCUCGAUAAAGUCACAAAAAAAUGUGGUGCAGAUAUGGCGGCCCUGGAUAAAAAAUCGUUAACAAUAUGUUCCAAUACAGAUUAUAUAAAUAUAACAUAUCAUCAUGUAGUGUGUCCGGAUGCGGAUACGGCAAAGAUUUGGUUACUAGGUUUACGCAAAAUUACCCACAAUGUUAAGGCCAAUAAUAUAUGUCCAAUGAUGUGUCUGAAAAAACAUUGGAUGCGUUUAUCAUUUUCCGUGGAAAAAGGUGGGAAAAUUCCCAUCAAAGUUGUGGCCAAGACCUUCGCCUCUGGCAAAACCGAGAAAUUGGUAUAUCAGUGUAUCAAAGAUUGUGGACUGCCCGAUGACAAGAGUGCAGUGAUGACCCGCGAUGAAUUUACAUUCGAUAAAUUUUAUGCCUUGUAUCACAAAGUGUGUCCCCGAAAUGACAUUGAGGAAUUGUUUACAACGAUAACCAAAGGCAAAUCCGAAGUGAUAAAUCUCGAACAAUUUAUCCAAUUCAUGAAUGAAAAGCAGCGUGAUCCACGCAUGAACGAAAUUUUAUAUCCCCUCUAUGAAGAGAAACGUUGUACAGAAAUUAUCAAUGAUUAUGAAUUGAGCGAGGAAAGAAAAAAGGCUGGUGAAUUCUCUUUAGAUGGCUUUAAGCGUUACCUGAUGUCCGAUGAAAAUGCUCCCGUAUUCCUGGAUCGUCUUGACAUGUACAUGGACAUGGAACAGCCAUUGUCCCAUUACUAUAUCAAUAGCUCACACAAUACCUAUUUGUCAGGCAGACAAAUCGGUGGUAAAUCAUCGGUGGAAAUGUAUCGGCAGACUAUGUUGGCAGGAUGCCGCUGUGUUGAGUUGGAUUGCUGGAAUGGCAAAGGUGAAGAUGAAGAACCCAUUGUUACUCACGGUCACGCCUAUUGUACUGAAAUUCUGUACAAGGACUGCAUACAAGCCAUUGCCGAUUGUGCAUUUGUAGCCUCCAGUUAUCCGGUUAUUUUGUCAUUCGAAAAUCACUGCAAUCGUGCCCAGCAAUAUAAAUUAGCCAAAUACUGUGAUGACUUCUUUGGCGAGCUGCUGUUAAAGGAACCUCUACCCGAUCACCCGUUGGAACCUGGUUUGCCACUCCCACCGCCUUGCAAAUUACAACGUAAAAUCAUGAUCAAAAACAAACGCAUGAAACCCGAGGUGGAAAAAGUCGAAUUGGAAUUGUGGCUCAAGGGUGAACUGAAAACCGACGACGACCCCGUCGAAGAUGCCACAGCUGCCAAACCGCCAGAAGAAGCACCGCCACCACCACCACCAGAAGCUGCAGCUGAACCGGGCCCGGAUGGUGCACCGGCCGAAGGUGCUGGCGCCGAGGGCGGAGAACAACCAGCUGCCUACAGUGGCUCCACAACCAAUGUCCACCCGUGGCUUUCGUCGAUGGUCAACUAUGCCCAGCCCAUUAAAUUCCAGGGCUUCGAUAAGGCCAUUGAGAAGAACAUUGCCCACAAUAUGUCCUCGUUCGCCGAGUCGGCCGGCAUGAAUUACCUGAAACAGAAUGCCAUCGAUUUUGUCAAUUACAACAAACGUCAAAUGUCUCGAAUUUAUCCCAAGGGCACACGUGCCGAUUCUUCCAAUUACAUGCCUCAGGUCUUCUGGAAUGCCGGCUGCCAGAUGGUCUCACUCAACUUCCAAACAUCCGAUUUGCCCAUGCAACUGAACCAGGGCAAAUUCGAGUACAACGGUGGCUGUGGCUAUUUGCUGAAACCCGAUUUCAUGCGUCGUUCCGACAAGGACUUCGAUCCCUUCGCCGAUGCGCCAGUGGACGGUGUCAUUGCUGCCCAGUGUUCGGUGAAAAUCAUUGCCGGCCAGUUCUUGUCCGACAAGAAGGUCGGCACCUACGUUGAAGUCGAUAUGUUUGGUCUUCCCUCCGAUACAGUGAAAAAGGAAUUCCGUACCCGUUUGGUGCCCAACAACGGCCUCAAUCCCGUCUACAAUGAAGAUCCCUUUGUAUUCCGUAAAGUGGUCUUGCCCGAUCUGGCUGUGCUACGUUUCGGUGUCUAUGAAGAGAGCGGCAAAAUGAUUGGCCAACGCAUCUUGCCCAUGGAUGGUCUGCAGGCGGGCUAUCGCCAUGUAUCGCUGCGUACCGAAGCCAAUUUCCCCAUGUCCUUGCCCAUGUUGUUUGUCCAGAUCGAAUUGAAGAUUUAUGUACCCGAUGGCUUUGAAGAUUUCAUGGCUAUGCUUUCGGAUCCCAGAGGUUUUGCUGGUGCGGCACAGAAACAAAAUGAACAAUUGAAGGGAUUGGGUAUUGAGGAGCAGAGUAGUGGUGCGGCCAAAGAUGCUGGUAAAUCUAAGGAGGAGGAGAAGAAGGAAGCUCCAUUGGUGUUUGAGCCGGUUACAUUGGAAUCUUUGCGUAGCGAAAAGGGUUUCCAAAAGGUGGCCAAGAAGCAAAACAAGGAAUUGGAUACGUUGAAGAAGAAGCAUACCAAGGAGCGUAUGGCUGUGCAGAAGACCCAGAAUGCUGCCAUUGAUAAAUUGAUCAAGGGCAAGAGCAAGGAUGAAAUCCGUAAUGACUCGGCCAUUAAGAAUGCCAUUGCCGAACAAACCAAACAGUGGACUGAAAUGAUUGCCAAACACAAGAAGGAGGAAUGGGAUCUCUUGCGUCAGCAUGUGCAAGAUUCUCAAGAGGCCAUGAAGGCAUUGAUGUUGACCGUACAGGCAUCACAAAUCAAGCAAUUGGAAGAGAGGCAUGCAAGAGAUGUCAAGGAUUUGAAUGCCAAACAGGCCAAGACUUCAGCCGAUACCGCCAAGGAGGUACAAAACGACAAAACAUUAAAGACUAAAAACGAAAAGGAUCGUCGUCUAAGAGAGAAAAGACAAAAUAACAUUAAACGUUUUAUGGAAGAGAAAAAGCAAAUUGGUGUCAAACAGGGCCGUGCCAUGGAAAAACUAAAAAUGGCCCAUAGCAAACAAGUCGAGGAAUUUAGUACUGACGUACAAAAGGUACUAAACGACACACUGCCGCAGAAUGACACAGUAGCAAAGUAGAUCUGCCUUUAUCUCUUAGAUAUGUACAAAGUGGAAGAAGAGGCCUAUAAACUACAUGGAAAAUCGGAAUUCUAUGUCUAGGAUUUGCCCAAUGAGGAUACCCAUGAAACUAUGCCAAAACAACAACAA